AAAUGGCGUUUUGCCAUUCUCUAUGGCCAUUGCAUACUGCCAGGCAGUCAAGAUACAGUACUUCCUUUGGCGAAAACCGGCACCAAGCGACAGCAUGACUAAUACUGAUGUCUACAUGCAGCCGCAUUGAGCUGCUGCCGUCGACAACGGCGCAGUUCGAUCGGUAUUUCACACGCAUACAAGCAUUGCUGGCCAGUGCGUCUUGAUCGGUCUGACGAGCAGACGAACUUCAAGUGUACAUGCGCAGUUCCAGCUGUUCGAAAGUCUUUGAAGUCGCGCCGUGACCUGUUCCGUCCUGUUGACGCCACUCUUCAAUCCGCCGUCCGCCGCGCACGCCGAAGCGAGAGUCAUCACCCCACUCUUACCACACUUGCACCGCGAUGAAGAAGUUCCCGUUGUCGCUCGAGGCGUUUCCGUCCAUGCCGUUGUCCGUCGAGGAACAGGAGGCGUUGGAGACGCUGGCGGACCAGCAGCUCGCAUUGGCCGAACGCCAGCUGGACCAGCACGUACAGCGGGACAAUUCCGUGGUGGACAAGCGCCGCUGGAAGCCGCUCAAGACACGCGAGAGUAUCACCGUCUUCCGCGAACGCUCCAGCGCCGCGUUCCACCGCCAGUGCCACAGUCGCAGCCAAAUCAAGAGCCCGUCCGGCACGCUUGGGUCUCAGAGCGACGAGGACUGGCCGUUGCCUCAAUUGCUAGCAGUCGGCACGCUGGAGGGGACACUGGAGGACGUCGUGUACGGUAUUCACACUCCCACAGCCUCCCACGUGAUGGCCAAAGCCGUUAUAUCUGAUGACGAGGUGGUGGACGCACAGGUGCUUCAAGAACUCAAAGGACCCACUAUCGCCCACCCGUUCCGGUUCUUGGGCGUGAAGUGGCUCGUCAAGGCUCAUCCGGCCGCCAUGGGGGCCGUCGUGCUGCCGCGAGACAUCGUAUACGUAGAACACACUGGUCUCAAGACCCGCGCGGACGGCUCCAAGCUCGGUCACUUCCUCAUCCACUCGGUGAAUCUGCCGCAGUAUCCAAAUCUGAGAAAGGAGCUGGGCCUCGUCAGAGCACGAGUAUCCUCCUGUGUUCUACUAAGACAACGAGAGAAUGACUCGAACCUGGUGGACGUCUUCAUGACAGGACGCGUAGCAGCUCAGGGGCGAGUCCUGGACAGUCUAGCAUUGCUAUCCACUGCUAACGGACUCACGUACUUCUGGAAGGCAGGCGUCUGUGCGCAGCGCAGGAAACUCGCAUGGCGUCUGCAGCACAAACGCAAGUUGCCACCAGCUGGAGCGUCGGUCUCUCCAUCGCUCUGUCCGCUGUGCACUAAAGGCCUAGAUCGCGCCUUCAGUUCGCCCUCAAUGUGUGAGAUGUGUGGCGUCCGGAUGUGUUCGCGUUGCAGCGUGACCCAGAAGCUGCUCUUCCCUGGAGCCUUUGGGAGUAAAGAGACCCACUUGGUCGCAGUUGAGCUCUGCACGCCUUGCAUCUCGCGCACGACUGAGGAGGACCCGGUGGCUAUCGCUCGCCAGGAGAUCCGAGCUGGUCAAUACGGCGCUCUCACGUCGCCGAGAAGUGCCAGAUACCGCACCCGUGCCUUCAAUGUGGUCAAGCCACAGCGUAGAGUCGACUUGUCCGCUUCAGCAGGUCCACCAGUGACGAAGAGCACGUUAUCUAGCCAUCCGAUGGUCAACUUCGCGGCUUCUGUCGGUCCAGCACGGAUAAGCGACGAUGAAGCUGAAGAAACAGUGACAAGGCAGUCACUACAGGCGUUGGAUAGCUUGCUGAAGGACUCCAAGGGCCCAACAGAACAGCUCGAAGAUCACUGGGACGAGUUAACUGGCAGUGAAGACGAACCCAACAACCCCUUGACGCCAAACCAGAAGCGUCUGACGCUCGAAGACCUGGACGGGUCUACCUCACCAGCAGCAAACACGGACAGCUCAAUGCCGCUCUGGACGAGAAUGUCAGCGUUGCAAGUCAUGGCGGAAUCCACCUACAAUUACACCAAGAAGACGACAGAGAAGACGAUGCACUCAACGCUAUCGAAGUCGUCUAUCCAGCCCUGAGGCAAAUGAAGCCACGCGGUGCCAACACUGCAACCCGUGUUUCCCGUUAUCUAUACCAAUUGAAAUGAAUUACGUUGAAAUUUACUCUUGGUUGUUCGAUACAUUCGCUGCGUCUGAAGGCACAGCUAGAACGAAGAGGGACUGCGGGUUGCUACUUGUCAAUGUUGAUCCUGAGUCUUCAGAACCUUCAUCGCUCGCUCCGACUUUGGAUUCCGCUGCGACUCGAACUAGCGCGGGGCUAUCUGCCAGCU